CGGGAAAAAGACAGUGUUGUCAUCGCCUGGUCUCUUUACCUGACAGUGUUGUCAUCGCCUGGUCUCUUCACCUGCCUCUCUCCAUGUCUGUACUGGAGGGACUUGUCCAGGUCCCCAGCACAUUCUCUCUGCUGGUUGCUGGGUUGCUGCUGCUGCUUGCCUACCUUCACUACUCUAGCGUCAGCAGCCCAGAGAAAGGGAAGAAGAUCCCUGGACCCCGACCGCUGCCCCUCAUCGGGAACCUGCUGCAGCUGGACCUGAAGAGACCACACGAGGCGCUGUGUGAGCUCUCCAAAACAUAUGGAUCGAUCUUCGCGGUUCACUUGGGACCUAGUAAGAUUGUGAUCUUGUCAGGAUAUAAGACGGUGAAGGAGGCCCUUGUUAACCAUGCUGAAGAGUUUGGGGCUCGGGGUGUCACUGCCUCAACCAAUGCUGUAAAUAAAGGGCAUGGAAUCGUCUUUGCAAAUGGAGAGCAGUGGAAAGAGAUGAGACGCUUUGCUCUGACAAACCUGCGGGACUUUGGCAUGGGGAAAAAAACCAGCGAGGAAAAAAUCAUUGAAGAGACACGAUACCUGGCAGAGGUGUUUGAAAACUUUAAAGGUAAAGCAUUUGAUACGACUCAGCCAGUGAACUAUGCCGUCUCAAACAUCAUCAGCGCCAUUGUGUACGGCAACAGGUUUGAGUACAGCGACCGGCGCUUCAAAGACAUGGUCAACAGAGCCAAUGCAAUCAUCCGAGAUGGUGGAGCUCCAGGUGUUCGGCUGCACGCCAUGUUCCCCUGGCUAGGUCCACUACUGACGAACUGGCACAGAUUCUUAAGCAAAACACAAGAGCAUAUGGAUGAGAUGCGAAAGCUGAUCAAAGAGCUGCAAGAGACUCUCAACCCCCUUGAGCCGAGAGGAUUUGUUGACUCCUUCCUUAUCCGAAAGCAGAAAGAAGAGGAAUUUGGACGGAAGGAUACAUACUUCCAUGCGGACAACAUGGUGGCCUCCGUGGCCAAUCUGUUUGCAGCGGGCACAGAUACAACAGGGACCACUCUGCAGUGGGGGCUGCUACUGAUGGCCAAAUACCCUCACAUACAGGACCGCGUCCAGGAGGAGAUUGACCGAGUGAUUGGCGGACGGCAGCCCGUGGUGGAGGACAGGAAGAGCAUGCCCUACACGGACGCCGUGAUCCACGAGACCCAGAGAUUCGCCAACAUCGUGCCCAUGAACAUCCCACACACCACCAGCUGUGAUGUCCAAUUCCAGGGCUUCUUCAUCAAGAAGGGCACCACAGUGUUUCCCCUGCUGACCUCCGUGCUGCGCGAUGAGUCUGAAUGGGCCAAACCGUACGACUUCCACCCUGGACAUUUCCUGGAUGACCAGGGCCGCUUUGUCAAGAGAGAGGCAUUCAUGCCCUUCUCUGCAGGCCGCAGGGUGUGUUUGGGCGAGAGUCUGGCCAGGAUGGAGCUCUUCCUCUUCUUCACGUCUCUUCUUCAACGCUUCCGUUUCACUCCUCCUCCCGGCGUCUCCGAGGACGAGCUGGACCUCACUCCGGUGGUGGGCCUCACCCUCAACCCCUCCCCACACACCCUGUGUGCUGUCAGCCGCUCCUAGCUUCCCAGCACUGUUUCAUUAUGUUCUGCCUAUGGGUGCCUCUCAUGCAGCGUUUAUACGUCCUCCCUCGCUCCUCGAUGCCUCAAUCCUCACUGAUCUACAUAAGGAAUGAUGGGGGGGAAACAAUGGGAUAGUCUAUCCAGUGUUAGUUAUAGAUCAGUGGGAACGCCCCUCGAGGAUCGAGCAUCGAGGAUCGAGGAGGCAUGUUGAGAGGCACCCUAUAUCUAGACUAGGCUCUACAUAAUGGACGAUUAAAGCAGUCUUGCUUACUUUAACUUUUAUUGAAUAUACAGUACGUGCAGUUAACGGCUCCACCUUACAAGUCUGUGCGUGUGGUGUAACCCUUAAAACAGUCCCCGUACAACAGUACAGUAAAUAAACAAGUUUUUUCAAGACCCUUUCCCUGAACGUAGGUCUUCCAGUGCAAUAACAGUGUAGCGUAUGCUCUGCUCAUUUACAACAGAUCCAAUACCAUAACAUAAGCAGUUAAGUACAGCUCAAAACAUCAGUUUUUUUUCAACAAGUACAAACAUGUUUAGUCCAUACUCUCUUUAUUCAGUAAGGUCUUUCAGGUAGUAGGGUCUGACAACUCGUCGACCUGACCUGGUGACCGUGUCUCGGUCUCCUGCUGGGCCCUCUGAUGGUAUGGCUGCCUCAGUCACUGUUUGUGUGGUUGUGCUUUGCGUUGGUGUGAGCUCGGUGAGAUUGCGUCUGAGGUGGCAGCGAUUACGUCUCAAAACAUCUCCUGACUCUGACUCCACCUCAUGCGAUCGAUGGCUUACCUGGUGGACCACUUCCGCUGGUCUCCAGCCCUUGUGUGUGUCACAGGGUUGUACUCUCACACUGUCAUCACUUUCAAGAGUGUCCAUGUCUUUUGCUGUGCGGUUGUAGUACUUUUCCUGUCUUUGUCUGUUGUAUUUCAGUCCGUGUUCAUUGUGCGUCACCUCCGGGUUCGGUAGAGUGUCCUUUGUGGGAAACAGGGUCCUGGUCCUCCUGCUCAGGAGCCUCUGUGCUGGGCUUGUGUUGAGGCCCUGGCUUGGCGUGUUGCGAUGAUCCAGCAUGGCCAAGUACAGAUCCUGUCUCGCUGCUGCAGCCUUCCGCAUCAGGCCCUUGGCAUUUCUGUACCGCUGACUCUGCCCUCCCAUUACUUAUGGAAUAUCCCGGUGACGAUGUCCUGUGCUCAAAGCCCCACUUCUGGCUGAAGUGCUGAAACUUAAAGGGAUAUUCCGCCAUUUUUGGAAAUACGCUCAUUUUCCACCUCCCCUCGAGCAAAACAAUCGAUAUUUACCUUAUUCCCGUUCAUCCAGCCAUUCUGUGAGUCUGGCGAUACAACUUUUAGCUUCAGCCUAGCAUAGAUCAU